AUGGCGUGCCCUCACGUCUCAUCAGCCAACCUCUCCAAGCCAGGGCCAUCCGACCUGGUCUACCGCGAGGACUGCACACAAUGCUUUGACUCCAUCGACGAUCCUGCAGGCCUUGACGUCUGCCUCAAAUGCUUCAACGGCGGCUGUCCUGGCGACCGCAACCAUGCCAAGCUCCACAGCACCGCUCACGGCCAUCCUUUGGUCGUUAACAUUCGCCGCACCCGCAAGGUGAUUGAGCGAGAUGAGCCGCCGCUCAAGAUGUCCAAGCUGGCCAUCGCCGCCGAGACGGAAGCCGAUCGAUACGAGACCAAGACCACGGUGAAAUGUCUGGAGUGUGGCCUCGACGAGCUCGACAAAGAGGAUCCUGCCAUCGGCCCCAUCGUCGACAGCGUCAUGAAGGCGAACACAUUUUCUCAGAAGGAAGAGGUUAAGGCUUGGGAGCAGGAGAUGACCAGCUGCGAGCACAUUCUGACCUUGCAACAAGAUCCACCAAAGCAGAUUGAGUCUCAGGAUCUAGGCCAUUGCUCCAAGUGUGACUUGAAGGAGAACCUUUGGCUGUGUCUACAGUGUGGCGCCCUGGGCUGCGGACGCGCUCAGUUUGGUGGCGUUGGUGGAAACUCCCACGCAUUGGCGCACUCUCAAGAAACCGGCCACGGAGUUGCCGUCAAGCUUGGUUCGAUCACCCCUGAAGGGACUGCUGACGUCUACUGCUACACAUGCGACGAGGAGCGUGUCGACGAGGAACUUGGGGCUCACCUUGCCAACUGGGGCAUUCUCCUUUCGGAGCGUCAAAAGACGGAGAAGAGCCUGACCGAGAUGCAGAUUGAGCAAAACCUUCGAUGGGAGUUCUCCAUGACAACAGAAGACGGCAAGGAACUGACCCCCCAGUUCGGCCCUGGCUUGACGGGUCUGAAGAACCUGGGAAACAGCUGUUACCUGGCCAGCAUUAUCCAAUGUCUAUUUGACAUUCCUGCUUUCCAAGAGCGCUAUGGUGCAGGUGUCGGACCUCUUCCCGACGUGCUCGACCCUGCCCAAGAUCUUGAGACCCAGCUGCGCAAAAUCGCGGAUGGUUUGCUGUCGGGGCGAUACUCCAAACCAGAGUCGGACAUCACCGUGUCGGAACACUCGCCCGAGGUUCCUCACCAGAAGGGCCUUCAGCCAUCGAUGCUCAAGCACCUUAUCGGCCGGGGCCAUGCCGAGUUUUCCACAAUGCGCCAGCAAGACGCGUUUGAGCUGUUGCAACAUGUUAUCAAGCUCAUCACCCGGUCUAAGCACCCGUCAGGCCUCCCGGACCCCACCCAGUCAAUGCGCUUUGUUCUUGAGCAGCGUCUCCAGUGCCUGAACUGCAAAAAGGUCCGGUACAGCUCCAACGAGCAAGACAGCAUCUUUAUCGACGUACCCCUCGAAAAGCUGCCAGCCGAAGAAGGAGAAGAGCCCAAAUACAAGCCAGUCACAUUGAAGGAGUGCCUCGACAAUCUCACAGCCACAGAGGUGGUUGAACUUGGCUGUACCUCUUGCAGCAGCAAGGACGGCUUCUCCAAGCGCACCUUGUUCAAGACCUUCCCCGAGGUGCUCGUGGUCAAUGCUCGCAAGAUGGCGGUUGUCAACUGGGUCCCUGUAAAAGUAGAUGUUCCCGUGCUUGUUGACGAUGAGCCCUUUGCCCUGGACAGCUAUCUGUCCAAGGGUCAGCAACCUGAUGAGGAGGCGCUGCCAGAAGUCGAGGCUGCCGCGGCAAGCAACGUUCCGGCAUUUGUUCCGAAUGCCGAGGCGCUCGCCAUGUUGGAAGGCAUGGGCUUCCCGCGGGUUCGUUGCGAAAAGGCGCUGCAUGCGACCGGUAACUCGGAUGCCAACUCAGCUAUGGAGUGGCUGUUUGCGCACAUGGAGGAUCCCGACAUCGAUGUUCCUGUUUCUGUUGGUGGCGACAGCGGAUGUGCCAGCGCGGCAGAUCCUGAGAAGCUGGCCAUGUUGGAAAGCAUGGGACUUGGUGGGCCACGAGCAGUCAAGGCGCUCAAAGAGACCAAUGGAGAUGUUGAGCGCGCUAUUGAGUGGCUUUUCAGUCAUCCGGACGACGGUGGUGCGGUGGAUGAAGAGGAAGCGGCGGCACCGGCUGGCGACAAGAAGGGGGCAGGAAGCGCAGAACUUCCAGCCAACUUUCAGUUGCAGUCUAUUGUAUGCCACAAGGGCACGAGUAUCCAUGCCGGGCAUUACGUUGCCUUUAUCCGCAAGAAGCUCGGCGAGCAGACCUCGUGGGUGCUGUUCAACGAUGAAAAGGUGGUCAAGGUGGAGGAUGUGGAGGAGAUGAAGAAGUUUGCCUACGUGUACUUCUUCAAGCGGGUUUGA